UCUACUGUCAGGGGAAAAAAACAUGGAGCUUGAGGAAAAUGACUGAAGAUGAGGAAUAUUUUUUACUGUAUGCAGGUUGAACUGAGAAGAGAUUCUUCUGGUUCUAGCCCUAGGGUGUCCAAGAAAACAAAACCCAUUAAAAAACAAAGGCUGUGUAGUUUUUGGUUUCAUUUAUCCACAAAUUUAUCUCCAAUCUUCCAUUCCUAGCCUCUCAUAAAAACAGCAGUAAAGUCUACAAAUGUAACCUCACAUAAGCUAACAAAUAUCCCUUAUCAAAACACAAAUCCUCUUUGCAUGCAAACUCUUCGAUAUUCACUCUUAACAAAAGCCAAAAGCUACAGGACCCAUAAUCCAAUCAUUUUUCCCAAGUAAGAAGGGAUUCGAUAUCUGGGGCUUCAGAAGAAAAUAUCAUGAGUGAAUUGGAGCAACGAUUAGCCUUCUCUUGUCCUUCAGGGACUGAGGUUUCUCAUGAUCAUUCACUGAAAAUUGACGAGAAGAUUACCGCAGACUCAGAUGAAGAAGCAGACACAGUUCAGGAGCAAAUGGGAAAGGAAUUAGUUGAUUCUCCUCCAGCUGCCAGGGUAUCUCAUGAUUAUUCAAACCAGCUGAUUAUUGCAGAUCCAGAUGAAGAAGCAGACAUAGUUAAGGAGAAAAACAGAGAGGAAUCAUUUGAUUCUCCUCCAGGGAGAAUUGACGAGCAGAAUAUUGCAGCUGCUGGGGUAUCUCAUGAUUAUUCAAACCAGCAGAUUAUUGCAGAUCCAGAUGAAGAAGCAGACAUAGUCACUGAGAAAAGCAGAGAGGAAUCAUUUAAUUCUCCUUUAAGGAGAAUAGACGAGCAGAUUAUUGCAGCUGCUGGGGCAUCUCAUGAUUAUUCAAACCAGCAGAUUACUGCAGAUCUAGAUGAAGAAGCGGGCAUGGUUAAGGAGAAAAGCAGAGAGGAAUUAUUUGAUUCUCCUUCAGGGAGAAUUGACGAGCAGAUUAUUGCAGCUGCUGGGGUAUCUCGUGAUUUUUCAAACCAGCAGAUUACUGCAGAUCCAGAUGAAGAAACAGACAUAAUUAAGGAGAAAAGCAGAGAGGAAUCAUUUGAUUCUCCUUUAGGGAGAUUUGACGAGCAGAUUGUUGCAGAUGCAGAUGAAGAAGGAAAAAUAGUUACAGAAAAAAUGGGAAAUGAAUUAUUUGAUUCUCCUUCAUGGGCUGAUAUUUCUCAUGAUCGUUCACGUAGAACUAAUGAGCAAAUCAUAACUGACUCAGAUGAGGAUGCAGACAUAGUUGAGGAGCAAAUGGGAAGGGAAUUAGCAGACAUGGUUAAAGAGCAAAUGGAAAAGGAACUGUUUGAUUCUCUUUCAGGAUUGCAGGUUUCCCAUGAUCAUUCACAGAGUAUUCAUGAGCAGAUUAUUGCAGACUCAGAUGAAGAAGCGGAUUCUAUCAAUGAAAAAAUUGGAGAGGAAUUAUUUGAUGCUUCUUCAGGUAGAAUUGAUGGCCAGGUUAUUACAGACUCGGAUGAAGAAGGAGACAUGGACACAGAGCAAAUAGGAAAUGACUUGUUAGAGUCAGAUGCAUUGGCUGCUCUUUUGAAAGCAGCAAGUAGUGCUGGUAUGGAUGGAGGCAGAGUUGCAAUAACCUCUGCUGAUGGUUCCAGGGUAUUUUCUCUAGAACGUCUUGUUGGUUCAGAUUCCCCAUUUCGAAUUGUGAGACCUGCUCCGCUGUCUGAAACAGUCGAGGAUGUAGCAAAGAAUGAUUUGAAUGAAGAAGAUAAGAAGGUGAUUGAGAAGAUACAGCAAAUCGCAGUGAAGUUCUUGAGGCUUGUCCAGCGACUUGGACAAUCUCCUGAAGAUUCCAUAGUUGCACAGGUGUUACACAGGCUGGUCGUGGCUACAAGGGCACAUGUUAAUCAAGAGUUCAGCCUUGAAAAUGCCGAGAAAAUGGCCAUGCAGCUUGAAGCUGAGGGGAAAGAUGAUUUAGACUUUUCUUUGAGCAUUUUGGUUCUUGGGAAAACUGGAGUGGGAAAGAGUGCGACCAUUAAUUCUAUUUUUGGUGAGAAGAAAGUUGAGAUCAAUGCAUUUGAGCCUGCCACAACUAUGUUGAAGGAAGUUGUUGGAAUCGUAGAUGGAGUUAAAAUCCGAAUCAUUGACACACCAGGUCUCAGGUCCUCUGUGAAGGAAGAAGCUAUCAACCGGAAAAUACUAGCAUCUAUAAAAACCUCAAUAAACAAGUUCCCUCCAGAUGUUAUCCUAUAUACUGAUCGGCUAGAUACCCACUCGCUAGAUCUCAAUGAUUUACCGAUGUUAAGAUUGCUUACCAAAUCUCUCACUUCAUCAAUAUGGAAAAAUUCUGUUGUCACUCUGACCCAUGCCACUUCUCCUCCUCCUGAUGGACCAUCCGGGUCUCCCCUAAGUUUCGAGAUGUUUGUUGGUCAACGAUCCCAUGCUAUUCAGCAAGCCAUCAGCCAAGCAGUUGGUGAUCUGCGUCUGAUACAUCCAAGAAUGAUGCAUCCAGUGUCACUUGUUGAGAACCAUCCACUGUGCCAGAAGAAUGAAAACAGUGAAUAUAUCCUUCCAAAUGGACAAAGUUGGAGACCACAAUUAUUACUGCUAUGUUAUUCAUUGAAGAUUUUAUCGGAAGCAAGUUCUAUAGCCAAGCCUCGAGAUCCUUUUGAUCACAAGAAGCCUUUUGGUUUCCGUCUCCGCUCUUUACCUUUACCCCACCUGGUGUCUUCUCUAUUGCAGUCUCGCCCUCAUCCUAAACUCACUGCUGAUCAGGGAGGAGACGACAUUGACUCUGAUAUUGACAUGGUGGAUCUAUCAGAUUCUGAUGAAGAAAUUGAGGAUGAAUAUGACCAGCUUCCACCAUUCAAGCCUUUGAAGAAAUCUCAUGUUGCGAAGCUCACAAAAGAACAAAGGAAAGCUUAUUUGGAGGAGUACGAUUAUCGGGUGAAACUCCUUCAAAAGAAGCAGUGGCGAGAAGAGGUGAAAAUGUUGAAGGGGAUGAAGAAGAAAGGCAAAGAUGGUUAUGAUGGCAUUGGUGAAGAUGUGGACCAGGAAGAUGUCGGUCCUGCCACUGUUCCGGUUGCUAUGCCUGACUUUGUUCUCCCACCCUCCUUUGACAGUGACAAUCCUUCUUACAGGUAUCGAGCAUUGGAGCCCACUUCUCAGUUUCUUAUGAGGCCAGUUCUGGACUCCCAUGGGUGGGAUCAUGAUUGUGGGUAUGAUGGUGUUAGCCUUGAAAGAAAUCUUGCUGUUGCGGGUCAGUUUCCAGGUGCAUUUGCAGUUCAAAUCACAAAAGACAAGAAAGACUUUAAUAUCCACUUAGAUUCUUCAGUUUGUGCCAAGCAUGGAGAAAAUGGAUCAACGAUGGCAGGAUUUGAUAUUCAGAAUGUUGGAAGGCAGCUUGCCUACAUCCUGAGAAGUGAAACCAAAUUCAAAAAUUUCAAGAUGAACAAAACGUCGGCUGGGAUAUCCUUCACUGUGUUGGGGGAGAAUGUAGCCACUGGACUCAAAAUUGAGGAUCAGAUUGCUGUUGCAAAGCGCUUGGCUUUGGUAGGAGCUGCUGGUGCUGUGAGAUCUGGAGGCGAUACAGCAUACGGAGCCAACUUUGAAGUGUGUCUCAAGAGUAAGGAUUUCCCUAUAGAGAAGGAUCAAUCCACAUUAGGUUUGUCCUUGAUGAAGUGGAGGGGUGAUUUGGGUCUGAUGGCCAACUUGCAGUCUCAGUUCUCCAUUGGUCGGAAUUCCAAAAUGGCUGUUCGUGUCGGAAUGAACAAUAAGCGAAGUGGGCAGGUCACCAUCAAGACAAGCAGCUCAGAAAUGCAAGUUGCCCUCAUCGCUAUUGUUCCAAUCGUAACAUCCCUCUUGAGGAGUAUCUAUAGUGGUUAUGCUGCAAGCAACUCACACACAUUAGACUACUAGGUACUUUUUUCCAUAUACCGUUAUUUGUUAGAACUUCAAUUUUGAGAGGGUAGACAUCUAGCAAAAAGAUAGUCAAAAGUCUCACAUGUCAGAAUGAUUAUGAUUAUGAUUAUAGCAGCUUUAUCCAGUCUGCAGGACAUUCAAUUUAAAUCUAUAUUUUUUGGCUGAGCUCUUAAAUAAUGAGCUGAAUCCUUCUGGUUUUGUUCCUUGAA